UCCCUUCCUCCCUUAAAAUAAAAAAUGUAAAAAAGAGAGAGAGCGAGAGAUGAGGAUAAUUUGAUGACACUCCCUGCCACUGGUAAUUUUUCAUUAUAUCGACUCUCCAGCAGAGACCGCGCCUGCGCUCCUGCUCCCUUCCGAACAAGGCUUCACCAAUCCUGGCUCUGGCUCCAUCCCCGGCUCGGCGUCCCACAGGCCAGCGCUAAUAAGUCGCCUAGCUGUCCAGUAAUGGGGGAGUGAUCGAGGGGGGAGACGCUUGCUGCUGUGUGAAAGCCCGUGAGGAAGUUGAGGGGAGAAAAGCAGCUCCACGCCGCGCCGGACCGGACAGCUCCACAGAGACACAUCCUACAGUUGCUGUUGUUGAGUAGCCCUUAAAAAAAGAAAAAAGAAAAGAAAAAAGGGAAGAGAAAAAAAGCGCACAGUGAUGGAGAGAAAGCGUCCCGGCAUGCCGUCUGGAGCGAGAAUGCCCCACCAGGGAGCUCCCAUGGGCCCCCCCGGCCCGCCGUACGGAGGUAGCCCGGCGGUGCGACCCGGCCUGCCCUCCCCGGUGAUGGAGCCCAGCCGUAAGAGGCCUGCCCCCUCCCAGCAGGUCCAGCAGCAGCAGCAGCAGCAACAGCAGCAGCAGCAGCAGCAGGCCGUCCAGAACCGUGCCAGAAAGAAGCCAGUCGGAUUCCCCGGAGCCAAUGAGAUGCCGGCGAGGCAGAUGGACAUGAGAGAGCCCCAAUCAGAUCCCACGCUCGGAUCAAAUGCUAAGAGAAGGAAAAUGGCAGACAAGAUUCUUCCGCAAAGGAUCCGUGAGCUGGUCCCUGAGUCUCAGGCCUACAUGGACCUGCUUGCAUUUGAGCGCAAGCUGGACCAGACCAUCAUGCGCAAACGCGUGGACAUCCAGGAGGCCCUGAAGAGGCCGAUGAAGCAGCAGAAGCGUAAACUGAGGCUUUACAUUUCCAACACCUUCAACCCUGCCAGACCUGACGCAGAUGACUCUGAUGGCAGCAUUGCGUCAUGGGAACUGCGAGUAGAAGGGAAGUUGCUGGAUGAUCCGGGGAAGCAGAAGAAGAAAUUCUCUUCGUUUUUCAAGAGCCUGGUGAUCGAGCUGGAUAAAGACCUGUACGGUCCCGACAACCACCUGGUCGAGUGGCACCGCACGCCCACCACCCAGGAGACGGACGGCUUCCAGGUGAAGCGGCCAGGAGACGUGAGCGUGCGCUGCACUCUGCUGCUGAUGCUGGAAUACCAGCCUCCCCAGUUUAAGCUGGACCCUCGCCUGGCUCGCCUGCUCGGCAUUCACACUCAGACUCGCUCCUGCAUCAUCCAGGCCCUCUGGCAGUACGUGAAGACCAACAAGCUGCAGGACUCACAUGACAAGGAGUACAUCAACUGUGACAAGUAUUUCCAACAGAUUUUUGACUGCCCUCGGCUGAAGUUCUCUGAGAUCCCUCAGCGCCUCACCAACCUCCUCCUGCCCCCUGACCCCAUCGUCAUCAACCACGUUAUCAGCGUGGAUCCCAACGACCAGAAGAAGACGGCCUGCUACGACAUUGACGUGGAGGUGGACGACCCCCUGAAGAGCCAGAUGAGCAGCUUCCUCCUCUCCACCGCCAACCAGCAGGAAAUUGCCUCACUCGACAACAAGAUCCAUGAGACCAUCGAGUCCAUCAACCAGCUGAAGAUCCAGAGGGACUUCAUGCUGAGUUUCUCCAGAGAUCCCAAGGGCUACAUCCAGGACUGGCUCAAAUCCCAGAGCCGAGACUUUAAGUUAAUGACAGAUGUGGUGGGGAACCCUGAAGAGGAGCGGAGGGCGGCGUUCUACCACGAACCCUGGUCCCAGGAGGCCGUCAGCCGCUAUUUCUACUGCAAGAUCCAGCAGAGGAGACAGGAGCUGGAACAGGCCUUAGCGGUCCGCAACACCUAAACAAAAGAGGCCCUCCUGGAUUCCUGAGUCUGAUUUCAGAGCCGCUCCUGUGUGUGUGUGUGUGUGUGUGUGUGUGUGUGUGUGUGUGUGUGUGUGUGUGUGUGUGUGUGUGUGUGUAUGUGUGUGUGUGUGAGGUCAUUGCUGAUGUCUGGUGAUUCCUUAAACCUCUACAGUCUAAAGGAGGCUUCAUCUCAGAGGUGACUAAUCAAUUUCAUAGCUGUGUUUUGAAGUUAAAUCAGAGGAGGGGUUCACCAGACAGCAGCAGCGUACUGUGGUCGCCCAUCUCCUCCACGUCCCGUUUUAGCGCAGGACUGCGAAGGCAUCGCGGUUGAAAGCGUGGAUUCAGCCCCUCGGAGGUCGACGCCAGUUUCCGCUCUGUAAAUAAACGUCACUAGAAAAGCUCCCUCUCGACCAGCUGCUCGCACGCCACUGUGUUUUCGGAUUCUCGUCUCAAGACUGUGCAGUGACAAACGCUCAUGAUGUAACCCGCUGACACAGUCAGACCCCCGCGGCUACUCUGGAUGAGUCUUUAUUUUGUUUUUGUAUUCUUUUUGGAGAGAGUGCUUUUCCUUUGUCCUCGUUAGGGGGAGAGCGUGCUUGAAUUGCCGAUUAAUUACACCAGCAAAGUCGCGACGACAGCGUGACGCACCGGGUGGUUGCACAGGAUGCUGCGUGUAAACCAGAGGUGUGGAUAGAAAAAAAAAAGAAUAGAAAAAAAAGACUUCUUUUUACAGUAAAUUAACCAAACUGAAGUAUUAUGACGUUAUCAGCUCCAUCUGUUUAUACUGUAGUAAGAAUAAGUGUUUCAAUGAAGGGAAAAAAAACAAACAGUAUUGAUCCUGAACAUAAUAAUCAUAGAGAAACAGAUAUGCCUCUAAAUGUUCUGUCACUCACUGCCUCUUUGUCGCGUCGUACUUUUUGCCCGUUAGCGUCCCGAAGGUUUUACCAAAGGUUGCAGCGAAGAGAGAGAGCGAUCACUGAAACAGACGUUGGCAAAAUCCCAGACCUGGGUUUAACAGAAACGACUGAAUAAAUCCAAACACGCCAGAGUAUUUAAAAAAAAGUGCUCCCAAAAGCUUUCCUUAACUCUUGAACUCUUGCAUCAGUGAACUUUUAAGCUCAGGUCUGUAGAUUUUUGUCUAUUUCUGCAUUUUUUUUAUGUUACAAACACACGCAUUAAAAGAAAAAAGAGAGGAAUGAAUUUCUUUUUUACAGAUGUGAAUGUAAAUAUGUUUUUUUUUCCUUCCCCUUAAGAGGGCCAGCUGUACAGUAUACGACAGACUAUCUGUGUGUGCGCGUGUGUGUGAGCGUGUGUUUGUUUUGGAGGAUUUCGGGAGGGGGUGUUGCAGUAUGGGAGCUCCAUGAGUUUUGAGUUAGUAGGGCAGGAAUGUUACUGUUCUUCUGUGUACUAUCUUGGGUUCGGGGUGAUUUAUUUUAGGUCCAUCCCGUGUGCAUCGUGGGAGCUGGAAGCUGCAACAGAGAGAGAGCCCUCCCUCGCUCUGAGUCUCAGUAGCUGUAACUCGUGAUAUAAUCUGCACCGUUCUCAUGUUACACCUGUUUUGUUUUUGUUUUUUUUAAAUGACACUUGAGUUGUAUGUAUAUGUUGUAAUGUCAGGAUGGAGGAUUUUCUUCUCUGCAGUUUCUAGAUUGGGUGGGCUAGUGGGUGGAGGGGGGGGGAAUUUCUUUGCACUGUGCUGUAACUCUUUGUCGGGACUCUCUUCGUCACGGUUGAGACCCCUUUUAUCAUCCCAGCGUACUCAAAAAGGCGAUUGGACGAUUUCACGACGACCUAUGCAUGCUUCAUGGACGUUCACUAUCACACUUUGCGAGACGGUCUGUGUAAAUAUGAAAAGCUGGCAUACCAGCGUGAGUGUGAGUGUGUGUGUGUGACGAGAGCGAGACCUGUCACAUUUGUUGAAAUGCCUUCUGAAAACCUUUUUUGCCAAAAAAAAAAACUACAAAAAAAUCCAACAUACCCUACCAGCAACUAACUGUAGGUGUGACUUUUCUGAGCGUGUUUUUGUUACUAGGACUAAAUUAUAUUAACUGCACUCUUUAGAGGAGAAAAAGUAGUCAUAGGUAGUAUUUCGGUCCUGUGUCUGACCCAGUGAUUUUUUUUUAAUUUUAUUAUUAUGAUUUUGUUUUUCUUUGUGUGGAUGGCCGAGGCCUUCAUGUUGCUGUUCACUAGCACCCUCUUGUGGAGGAAUCUACGAGCUGCAGCUCCUCGGCUUCGAGCGGUGUCUGAUAAAAGUGUUAACAAACUGCUGUGUCUUCUGUCACUAAACCCUGGUGUACUGUUGACAUGUCUGUCUCGAUCCGUGCAUGUGUUCCCGAAGAGCGGGAGCUGCUCUUUUUCUCUGUUUACACUGUUGUCAGAGGGUCGCCGACAGGAAGGUUAUAGUAUACAUAAUGCUGUAUAUCUGUAAAGAGCAAAACUUGUUUGGUGAUUACAUACUACAGAAAAAAAAGGGAAAACAGCUGUGACACUGCGAGACAGCCUGGAUGUAAAUAAAGAAGCGCUUGCCAAAGUUUGUAAAUGA